AUGGAGUACCCUCCCCAGUACCAACAGCCCCACGGGCAACAUCCACACGCCUCCUCUCACAUCCCGGGCCCCUACCAGACUGGCGCAUCAAACGCCGGGGCUCCCGUUGGAUCGAUGGCAUCACCCACCAACGCCCAGGCACCAAUUCAACCUCACUCCACGCAUCAGACCUCUCCUAUCGUCCCAUCCCAACCGCAUUACCAGCAAGCACAGAAUGGGCCCGGUGCCGUCCACCAACAGAUGAACUUCCCGCAGGGCUACGGCGUACCUGCGCCCAUGGCACAGGGCUACGGUAUCUCACCCACCCAGGCGGCCGCGAUGGCCACCGCCGCGGCCUCUGGGCAGUUCUAUCCUCUGCACCAGGACUCGAUGGCGGGACAGAUGGCCCCUGGCCCCCGAGGCUCCCCACGGAUGGCGAAUAUGCAAAUGAAGGCGGAUCGCAACCCUCGCUCCCCACCGCAGAUGCAAAGUCAGAUGCCCCCAAUGGGCUCCCAAGUCCAGAUGCCUCCCAACCAGCAAAUGCCCCAGCGCCGGAUGAGCCACGUGGGUAGCCCCAAUGUCCCCAGUGCACAGCCGGUGAUGAGCCAUGUCGGACGGCCCUCGAUCGCAGCUCCCCCGCUCCCCCAGGCAGCCAUCCAACAGAACCAGUCCUCGCCGGACAUGGUCCCCGGCAGCAAUCAAGAGGAGUCGCCCUUGUACGUCAACGCCAAACAAUUCCAUCGCAUUCUCAAGCGUCGCGUCGCGCGCCAGAAGCUUGAAGAGCAGUUGCGCUUGACAUCCAAGGGCCGGAAACCAUAUCUCCAUGAGUCACGACACAACCAUGCCAUGCGCCGGCCCCGUGGCCCCGGUGGCCGGUUCCUGACCGCCGACGAAGUUGCCGCCAUGGAAAAGCGCGCCGAGGUCACCGGCCAGCCAGUCACUUUCGAGGACCUCAGCAAGCCUUUACCGACGGAGAACGGCGCCGGACAGAAACGCAAGUCAAGUGAGGUGCAUGAUGACAGCGUCAACCUGAAGAAGUCGAAGAUCACUGCUAGCGCUGACUUGAGCGAACAAGACUCCGCUGAACCUUCUGACGAGGACGGUUGA